AUGAAGCAAGGAGAGCUGCGUAAGCGGCUGCGCUCGAAGCGGUGGAGACAGAGAAUCGAAGUGGAGCACUCAUCUAUCUAUGUGGCAUUGCGCGCUCUGGCACUACCUCUGCUCGGCAUAACCACAUGUGUUGCGCUACCACCAGGACGUGUCGAGCAUGUAAAAGGGAUUGAGGUGGGACCGUCGCUACAUCUAGCGAAGAGUGGUGCUAACGAUUCCUCCGCAGAUCCAAUCACCACAUCCCUUCUGGCGCAGCCGCUUACUCAGCUGGACCGAGCCUCAGAUCAUCCUGACCCGAUUAUAUCAGCCUUUCUAUAA